CAGCUCUCACCUGUUCAGACGGACUUCAGCUCGCAGCUCCAAGCUUCAAAAUGUCCAAAGCGAGAGACUACAGCAGCCAGUCGUACAGCCCGAGCAGCGGCGGACCGGCCAAGAGCCAGCCGAGCGGCAAGGUGGACCCGACGGGCAAGUCCCGCGAGAAGGACGACAUGGUGGGACUGAACAACAAGUUCGUCCAGCUCAUUGACAAGGUGAAAAACCUGGAGAACGAGAAGAAGAGGCUGGACACGCAGCUGAAGAUCCUGAAGGAGCAGGAGGACUACAAGGGGAAGGUGGACGAGGUGGUGAAGCAGCUUGAGAACGAGCUGGAGCAGCAGAUCGAGAACCUGCUCAAUGACCAGGAGAAGCUGAAGGCCGAGCUGCUGAAGAACCAGGAGGAGGUGGAGGACACCAAGGACAGGUUUGAGAAGGAGAUGAACAAAAAAGCUGAGUUGGAAAAUGAGUUUGUCAUCACCAAGAAGGACGUGGACGAAGGUCACCUGGAGGCUGUGGAUCUGGCUCUGGAGCUGGAGGACCAGAUGGGAAAGCUGGACUUCCUGAGAGUCGGCUAUGACGAGGAGAUCAAGGAGCUGGAGUCGCAGGUCCAGAACGAGACGGUCCUGUUACGUGACAACAGCAAGCGUUCUCUGGACAUGAACGAGAUCAUCGAGAACGUCAAGGCUCAGUACGCCAACAUGGCCGCCCGCGGCAGGGAGGAGGCCGAGCAGUGGAACCAGAAAAAGAUGGACUCGUUGGUCCUCAAUGCAGGACAGCGUGAGCAGGAGGUUCGUGACGUGAAGAGGGACAUCUCUGACCUGCUGCGCCUCAUCCAGAGACUCACCGGAGACCUGGACACUCUCAAAAGGAAGGAAGAGGCCCUCAAGAACGAAAUCGACAACGUUAGACAAGAUGGCGACGAGCACAUAGCGAAGGCUCGGAAGCAGAUCGUUCAGCUGGAGGAGGCCUUGAAGCGGGCCAAGCAGGACUUGGCCGGACAGAUCCGCGAGCACCAAGAGCUGUUGAACCUGAAGCUGGCCCUGGACAUCGAGAUCGCCACCUACCACAAGCUGCUGGAGGGCGAGGAGCAGAGAAUGAACGAACUUAUGCGCAACGGAGACGCUCACCUGCUGAACAAGCAACGCCUGACGGAGAAGCCACAGGAAUCCAUCCCCGUCCCCACGGCAACCACCGACAUCCCGGCAACCACCAUCAUCCCACCAGAGUGCCCCGCCUCCAAGAAGCGCCUGCUGAUCCGGGUGGAGGUGGAAGCAGGCAGAGUCGUGUCCGAAAGCUCCCAUUACACAGACUGAUCCGUCACGCCUCUGCAGCAUUACAGUAUGUCCGUAAAAUGUGAAUUAAAAAAACCUCCAAAUUUAUAUUUAAUUAAGUUAAAUUAAACUAUUUCAGUUGCACACAAAAAUCAUCCCUUUUGUUUUUCUGCUUUCUGGUGGAGCUUCAUGGCAGGUUGAGCGUUUUCCUAGAAUCAGUGCUUGGAUUUGUAGAAGUUUGUUUAUGUCCAUCGGUGCUUUUGAAAAGGUUUUCCUAUCUUUGUUUACAUUUGUAAAGACUUCCAGUACAUUUUCAAAAUCCUUCUUGCAGUUUUUUUUUCUCUCUGACCUUAAUAGGAAUAGGGCUUUGUCUUUGUAGAACAGGAAAUCACCAGUCUAACCCUUCAACGUUUUCCUCAACGGGUUUGUGGUUAAAGGUGGGUUGUUCUGUUGGUCCACAUCUUGAAUCGAAUAUCAGGAAGGAUGUACACAAAGAUGAAGUCUCCUACAGUCACAAAAGUCACAUUAAGGAUAGGUUUUAAUGUUCUGGAAAGAAAAACACGAGUCUGCAAAGGGAAAUGUUUGUUUGCAAGCCUUAAAUUUCCUGAACUUUGGAGUUGUUCUCUUUCUUAGGUGUUUCUGAACCCUUGAACCAAGUAUGUCAAAGUAAUCACAACAAAUCAGAUUACAUUACAGAUUUUACUGUUACUGGAGCACAAUAAAUAAAUAAAGCAACAUGACCAAUA